CCCGUGUCAUCGCAAACGAAGAUCCAAAACGGCAGCAUGCAGGAGGCGGUCCGUCGAGGCAAGACCAGUCAAGAAGAGAUGCUGCAGACGCUGGAUGAAAUGCUGUUCGCGAACCUUGACGUGACUAUUGGCGGCAUUUCAUGGAACCUGAUGCACCUGGCAGACCACCCUGGAAUACAACGUGACACACGACGGAAGUAUCACAGCAAGGUCGUGCACAGUGAAGAAGGCAGCUGCAGUAAAUAUAUGCAAAGUACGUCGACGCUUCUUGCAGCUUGCAUCCUGGAAUUUGCUUGGCUGCGCCCACACAGCGCAGGCUUGGGGGAUACUCGGUGCCGCCCGGCAUUAUUAUGGUGGUUGACGCAUGCAAACUUAACGUGUAGGGUGAGAUCUGGGGCCCUGACCGCGCGAGUAACCGGUCAGUCAGGUUCUUUGAGCACACGGCCUCGGAGCUUCGAUAUUGCUACUGGCGCUUUGGGUUUGGCCCGCGCUCGUGUCUGGGGAGGUAUCUGGUCGUUAUGCGUGUGUUAAUGCUCGACUUACUCGAUGGGUAUGAGCUUGAGUUACUCCUCGAGACGAGCUGGACGCGGAAUCCGUCAAUGUGGAUCAUGCACUCGCAGAAUGACGUAGCCUGCCAUCCAAGGACCGCAAUACCAUGAAUGAGACAUGGAGUAAGCGGCCACGUCACCAAUAGAUUGCUCGACCCCCGUGGUUUGAUUGAGCUGGGCUGAGAAGGCAAGCGACUCAAUGCAGAUAGCAGUACUGCUUGAUGCCAAGCAAAAAGGCAAAAAGGCAACCACCUACACCACUCUCGGUAGUGGGUUGCGGGGAAAAGUAUUGCUGACACAGAAUACUUGACUGCCUUGAUGAGGAGUCCAUACCCACAUCUUGCUCGUAGCU